UGUUAUACGUUGUAUUGUUGGUCUUAUGGUGGAUAUAUGUCUGCUAUGGCAUUAGUUCGUACAAAUAAUAUUUUUAAAUUAGGUAUUGCAGGUGCAUCAGUUACACAUUGGGAUGGAUAA